AUGUCGUAUUUAUUGGGUCCCGACGCCAACGAGGCAGCUGGGAAGAACGAGAUCACCUUUGACAUACCCAAAGAGUGCAAGGCGGGAGUCGUGGUGAAUGAAGGCCCCAAUUUCCAUAUCGAGGUACAGAUGGUGCCGGUUCCAGAACCAGCGCUGAGAGGCCAUCCUAUUGCUGGCGUCCGCCAUGGCUCUAACGGGAGUCCUCGUCGUCUAGGGCCCAACGAAGUCCUGAUAAAACUCAACGUGACCGGCAUCUGCUUCUCAGAUCUCCAUUUCGCCAUGGGCGACCUGGGCCCGCCCAUGUCCGCGUUCGGCGUGCGAUCUCCGGGCCACGAGGGCGCCGGCGUCGUCGUCAAAGUCGGCUCCAACGUCAAGAACUGGAAGGUUGGCGAUCGGGCGGGGAUGAAGCCACGAUGGUCCGUCUGUGGAGACUGCGACCUCUGUCUGGACGACAAGGAGGCCUAUGUCACGUCCCCAGCGCACUACACGCAGAGAAUUCCCGACGGCGUGGACGACUAUGCAGCAGCCCCCAUAAUGUGCUCUGCGGGAACCAUGUAUCGCGCGCUGCGUCUCGCGACACUCAAGCCGAACAAUUGGGCCGUUUUCCUCGGCGGAGGCGGCGGCGUGGGCAUACAAGGCGUGCAGCUGGCCGCGGCGAUGGGGCUUCGACCGAUCGUGGUGGACACGGGAGACGAGAAAGAGAAGCUCGCCAUCUCUCGGGGUGCAAAGGCCUUUAUCGACUUCAAGCGCGUUGACGAUCCGGUCGCGGAGGCCGUCAAGAUCGCAGACGGGAUCGGAGCACAUGGAGUGUUCGUCACGGCAGGCAAUUCCUAUCCAUCCGCCAUCUCGUACGCGGGCACACGCGUCGGUGCUGUGGUGUCGUGUAUAGGACUCCCGCACAACAAAGAGCUCACGAUCGGAGCGCCACCUACCAAAUUCAUCACUCAGGGAUUGACUGUGCGCGGUUCAAUGGUGGGCAGCAGAGCCGACAUCGCCACGACGCUCCAAUACGCCGCGGCCGGAAAGAUCUCUGGUGACCAUACAAUCUAUCCGAUUGACAGACUCCCAGAGGCAGUGGAGAGGAUCAGAAGAGCCACUUCUCAGCAGUCGCCUCUUAAGGAUCCAAUCGCCUCGGAACGAAAAAUGCCUCACGACUCCCCAACCCUCUACCUGAUCCGCCACGGUGAGAAGCCCCCAAAAGAGGGCGACGGGGACGACAGCCCGGGACUCUCUGCGCAGGGAAUCGACCGCGCCGAGGGUCUCGUCCAGGUGUUUGGGCGGAGCAGCAAGUAUAACAUCGGGUAUGUGAUCGCGCAGAAACCCAAGCCAGACAACAGACAAACCCGCCCAUUCCUGACCGUGCAACCCCUCGUCGAAUCUCUCCAGGAAUACAACGUGCCGUUCAACUUCCUCAUCGACCGGGACCACGUCGACAAGGUCGCCGAGGCCGUGCACGACUACGCCAAAGGCAAGGGCAAGUACGUCGGCCAGGGUAACGUCCUGAUCUGCUGGGAACAUGACACGUUGGAGAAGAUCGCAAAGGCGCUCGGCGUCGAGGACGUGCCGGAGUAUCCCGGGAACAGGUACCUCAUUCACCAUUCACUCAAUCACUCAAUCAACGAUCUCUCUAAGAAGUGCCUUUGGCUGACGGAGAUGAACUACAGAUUCGAUCUCAUCUGGACAAUCAACCCCCCUUACAACAAGAUUGAUAGCAUCACGUCGGAAAAUGUUCCGGGGUUGGAUGAUCACUCGGCAACCCCGGCAUGA